UCCACUAGAUCCUGCCGAUUUUAACAAAUUUAAUGUCAAUUUCUUUGUUUUUCAAAUUAUCUCGUCCAUUACCUACUGUAAGAUGGAAUUUUACAAUUGUAUCAAACAUAAGAGGCCGACCGUUGGCGAGACGGCCAAAAAGGGAGCUGCGUGGAGGUUCACCCUGGACCUGACCCACCCCGUGGAGGACGGGAUCCUGGACUCGGCAAACUUCGAAACCUUCCUCAAAGAGAGGAUAAAGGUCAACGGAAAGACGGGGAAUCUGGGUAAUGUUGUCCAGGUCGGCUGCCUGAAGAACAAGAUCAACGUCAUGUCUGAGAAGCAGUUCUCCAAAAGGUAUCUUAAGUACCUAACGAAGAAAUACCUGAAGAAGAACAACCUUCGUGACUGGCUCCGAGUUGUGGCGUUGGAUAAGGAGACGUACGAGCUUCGUUACUUCCAGAUCAGUCAGGAUGACAAGGAGUCGGAAGCAGACGAGUAGAUGGUUGCAGCAGAGUGCCGCAAAUGUGUGUGUCAGCAGCUGGAGCAGAAUAAAUGUGAAAAAGGA